CAUCUGCAAAACGCGGAUCCCAGACCAGAGCGGGUUAGGGCAGCAUCAGUCAACGCACAAAACUUUGCCAGUAUCUGGUGUUAUCAUGUACUUCGUACACCUAUCUAUCUGGCCAUGACCCGGUCGAGACCUAAUCCCAUCUAAUGUACAACAAAUAGCUGUUUUUAUCUUUUAUUUUCGUCUGGUCCCGCAGGUGACGAGAAAGUGACAGGAUCAAGUGCGGGCCUUGUGGAGGCAUCUGGCUCCGUUCCCAUACGUCGCCUCCUCCAUGUUCAAUGGAUGCUGCACGUCUUUGCGGACGAUUCGGUCUAGUCCCAACAGGCAUGCAGAGACCUUGCCUCCUUCCCUUCCCUGUCUAUUGUUAAGACUGGUUUUAAGGCUGCGGAGAAGGCAAAGAGAAAAAAAAAAAAAAUUCUUUUGAGCCCUACAAAAACAACCCCUCAUCGCUCGUUCCUUCCCACAUUUUCUUCACCGCUCUCACACAGUCUUCACUUGGAUUUUUUGAAGCCGAGACUACACUUUCACUUCUCACCCGACUCGGAUUUUCAUCUAAACAUCUCGAUACAAUCAAAUACAGUUCGACUGAAUUCAUUCCCACCCACCGGAUCAUCUUGCGGCGUUGACAACGUUGCGUUUUUAGCAAAUUCGUCGAAUCAAACUCCUACCACCAAUUAGCAAUGGAUUUCGGAGGUGCCCAGAGCGGCGGUGCCGGUGGCCGCACCUGCUACACAUGCGGGCAACCCAACCACCAGUCUUUCAGGCUCGCGACUGCCCUAACCGUGGCGCUGCCAAGUGCUACAACUGCGGUGGCGAGGGACACAUCAGCCGUGCCUGCCCCGAGGAGCCCAAGGACCAGAAGAUCUGCUACCGAUGCAGCCAGCCUGGUCACAUCUCCCGCGACUGCCCCUCCGGCGGUGCUGGUGGCGGCGGUGGCGGCCAGUCCUCUGGUGCUGAGUGCUACAAGGCAAUGCGGUGAGGUCGGUCACAUCGCCCGCAACUGCUCGAAGGGUGGAUACGGCGGUGGUGGUGGUGGCGGCGGCUACAGCGGUGGCGGCGGCUACGGAGGUGGCUACGGCGGCGGUGCCGGUGGCAAGACCUGCUACUCCUGCGGUGGUGUUGGCCACAUGUCGCGUGACUGCGUGAACGGCAGCAAGUGCUACAACUGUGGCGAGACCGGCCACUUCUCGCGCGACUGCUCCAAGCGCUCGACCACUGGCGAGAAGAUGUGCUACAAGUGCCAGCAGCCUGGACACGUCCAGGCUGAGUGCCCCAACAACUAAACCUCUUUAACAUCAAAAACGCCCGAUGAUGUAAACGCACGUACCCUGUGCGACCCGUCUUCUCAUGACGAGCGAAGAGGAUGGCUGGCUGCGUGGGCGCAGCCUGUCUGUUGAGAGUGCGGAGGAGAGAGUGAGGAAACGAACACUCCUUUCUUGUGGGCGGCCACGGAACAUGGCUCCACGUGGGUCGCGUUGGGUUGCUUGUUAUUUGCACCAUCUGGAUACCCCCCAAAAGUGAUAUGGGAUUUGCUGCGGUUUAUUUUAUCAUUUGUCCUUUGCUCUACCUUCCUACCUCGGCUCAUGUUUCCGCCAUCUUUUUACGAGUGGAUGGCUCUGACCAUUCGACACUGGGCAACGGCAAUAAUUACGCGAUGAUUUAUACGAUGAAAACAGGGAAUCAGGGAAGACACAGUGUUACGAUUGAUUAAGGACGUCGAGAGCGGACUUGGCUUUUUGUCUCAGCAAAGUAUUUCUUCAUAUGGUCUGGACGCGUGGAUUUGCGAUCAGGGAGUUCAUGGUACGGCUCUGGCCUUUGAAAAACAAAACUGGGUUUCAACAAAAGUCUUUUGCGUAUUGUUUUGCCUCGCAGUCAUUGUAUGUCUACGAUCGGCCAGUGUAGCUUGAUGUCUUUUUUGACUUGGUCGUCCUUUCAAAACGGCGUUGCUUUGUCGAUG